AGUUGAACUGGGCUCCUCCCUGAAUGCCAACGAUGAACGGGAACUUGUACAUGUGACUGAAAAAGGUGAGCCAACUCCACAGCACCAGCACCGAGGUGAUGCACCCUUUGAACUCCCAUCUCUGCUCCAACAACUCUGUUUGUUUAAGGCGUUGUCCAGUAAUUAAAGUCGGUUUUUACGCUCAAAAUAAUCUUUCUCAAAACAAUAGAUAUACUCCGAAAAUUGAAAGCGUUUUGAAAAAUUUAUUUCGACGUUUCGACUAAAUUAUAGUCAUCACCAGGAAAUGAAUGACAUUUGAUGUCAUUCAUUCGAAAUGAAUAACAUCACUCAUUUCCUGAUGAUGACUAUAAUUUAGUCGAAACGUCGAAAUAAAUCUUUCAAAAUGCUUUCAAUUUUCGGAGUAUCUAUUGUUUUGUAUUUUAUCAAAAUACUCAGUGGUUCCCGUAAUUUAAUCUUUCUCAGUUUGUUUAUUUCUUAACAAUUUUUUUCUUAACUAAUCCUAUAUAUUGUUCAUCAGGAAAAAUUACCAGCUGAAAGAAUAUUAAUUUAUUUGUACGAGUUGUGCUAAAUAUAUCCAGAAAAUGCCAAAGUAAGAUUUCGGUGACGAAAUAUUAUAAUUAUCUGACCGAGUGUUAUCCAGCCUGGGAUGACCCAUUCUUAUAAGCCUGUCCACAUGAAAGGUCAAUGUUCAUGAGAUUCCAUGCAGGCAGCUGCUCUUUUUACACAAACUCUGCCCACAAAAUAAACUGUAGGAAACAGGUCAAUCAAGACUAGUGACACUUUCAGCUACACAAAGGCAGCUAGUCUAACUAACUAAUGGGAGAAAUAAUGAAUAGUUUACGAAGGAGCAAAAUGUAUUUACUUUACUUUGAUUUGUGACAAAAAAUCCAUUCUCUCUUCUCACUAUAUGUUUAGAAUAAUGUUUGCAUGCUUGGACGAAUAUUUCACCUGCGCUCAAGCAAACAUCUUCUAUUUCUUAAUUUAACCUAAAAUUUAGUUUUAUGCAUGAUAGAUUAAGCUAAAAUUUAAUGUAAGUGAGUGUUCCGUACAACAAAAACAAAUGGUAUCAAAAGGACAAAGAAAAACGAAACUUUCUUAUGGCUUAAAAAAAUAAAUCGUGUCACCUAGGGAUUGUCAUCGUCGCAUGGGAGGUAAGAUUGCACUAUCACUUGCCUAAGGUGAAUCCUCAUACAGACUAGUGGAGGGAAGGAGUUGUCUUACUUCUCCAGUUUAGACUGGCUCCAAGCAAAGUCUACCAUUGCUUGUUUAGCUACUGUUACAAUCAUAAUUGUGUGCAUCAAUAUUAUUAGGCUGAUAAAGGAAGGCGAUAAAUUACAUAUUUCACUUUUAAGUUGCAUUGCGCCUUAAUGCGUCCUAUACUUCAGUAUUUUACUCUGUCUAACGCCAGAUGAUUUUACUCGACAAGGGGAAACAGCUAGCACUCUAUGGGUUAAAACGGGUGCAGUGGUAAUACCAAUAAUGUAUUGUUACUGGCAUACAUACUCGUAAAUAUUUCCAUUCAAAUUAGCUGAAGUAUUUCAUAAAUAAUGGUGUCGUAUUAAAUAAUUCUUCCAAAUUUUUAAAAAAGAUAUUUGACACAAAAUUAUUUUCAGUAAAUGCAGUAUACCCAUGUAUUGUUUCUCCGUUGGCCAGCUAAGCAUUAAUAAGAGCAACUAAUUAAUGUAUUUGUACAUCAGUCAACUAUAUGAAUUGCCACCGUAUUCAAGCAUAUUGUGACUUAUCUUAUAAUAUGUGCUGGGAUAUUUGUGCAUGGCCUGUUAUAUAGAUGACCCACAUAUUUUGCAAUUGCCAAUUUAAUCUAUCUGGAGAGUAUACAUUGUUUGGAUAGGUGCUUUAUGUUUUCAUUGCUACCUGUAAUUGUUUGUUAAAGGGAAUUGACAAUAUAAAUUUUUAUUUUCUCAUUUGAAAAAACUUUUGAAAUAGAUAUUAACUUCUUUUACAGAUUUUUCAUAUCUUGCUUAGUUCUUGAAAUAUUUUCACUAGAGGUAAUGAGAUGUCCGCCAUCUUGGAUAUAUUUUUGGUCUCAUUAACGGUAGUUUUCGUGACGUCACAACAGGGAUUAACUAUAUAAAAGUAUUCGUUGCUGACCAGGUAUUGAUUGGUAGAUGUCUUAAAGGUUCUGAGUGAUCUUGAUAUUUCGAAGGGCAGACAGAGUAAAGUUUUGAGCGCAAAAUGAUUAGUGGUUGUCUAGAUAAAAAUAUUGCAUGACCCCUGUUGUGACGUGACAUGCAUAUCUACAAAAGUCGAAAAUGGCGGACAUUUCAUUCUUUUCGAUCAAAAUAUUUGUAAAAGUAAGCAAGAUAUGGGAAAAACGGCAAAAUAGUAGUAUGUAGGCUAUAGUCUUAAAAGUUCUUUCAAAUGAAAAAAUAAAAAAAUAUAUUGCCUUUUCCCUUUAAAGAUAUAUCAAAUAUCUAAACAAGGUAUCUUUCAACGUUAUAUUUCGACUUCAGAUUUAUAAGGUACUUGUAGACAUUUUUCGAAAUGUGUACUUUGGAUAGAACGUCCAAACUAGACUAGCUACUCCUAGUUCAGUGGAGUGAAAUGAUUUGUGUCUUCAUUUUCAGCCCGACAUGGCCUGCAGGAAAUUUUCUCCCAGCAAACAAUCCACACAUGAACCACCCAAGAAGAGGGGAAAAAGCCAUCAUUGUGACGGCGUGCCGAAACCCACCAAGGAAGCUCUUUAGACGCACUGAAAGGUGUGGAAAACGAGAUUAAGAAACUUGGAAAUGAGUUACUGGAAAAGAAAUUAGAAAAAUUGCGCGGACAAGUUCGAGGUCUUUUGGAAAAUCAGGAGAAAGAAAUUAACAAUCUUCGGGGCGAAAUACAUACUUUAAAGAAGGAAGUGGACAGGCAGAAAGCCAAAAAUGAAAAGUUAGAAAAGGUGCUCGUGGUAGCGCAAGCAACGUGGUUGUGGGAAAAACAUUUGGCGAGGUUUGUAGUUGACUCUUCCAGAACAAUCUAUCAAUCUGGUUGGAUGGAUCAAAUGGAAGACUAUUUGAAGGAAAUGAAUACGAAUCAAAAUCGCUUUACUAAAAUACAAAAAAAAUUAAAAACAACAUGGACAGAAGAGCAUUGGCAAGUGGUCUUCACUGUAAGAAACGAAAGAAAUGGUAUAGCACAUCCGGAUUUGAUCGACCUUGACCUCGUCGAGUCUCAAUUAAAGAAAAUGUACCCAAAACACCAAAAAGUGUUGGGGGAGAUGUUGGACGAACUUAAGAUGACAGCAAGUCUAAUGAAGUUUGGACGUCUGGCAGAUUUCUACGAAAAGAACAAGAAGCUGUUUCCGACUCAAAGAAAGCGUGGUAAAAGAGUGGACGCAGAUGCACUGAAGAACAUAAUUUCGUGGAAUUGUAAGUUUGAACAAAUCGAUGGUCUACAAAGUAUCGAGCACGAGGAAGCGAAAAAGUACUUAACCAUGUAUGUAGAUAAUCCCAGAAAGAUCGACCACUAUUUAUUCAUCGUUGAUUUUAUCAAGGAUGGAAACAGUAAGCGUUUGGGAAAACUGGCCUGGGAGUUCGAAGGUUUACCCACAGAGUAUAGUGAAGCGCUACGAGAAUUAAAGAAAUUGCUCCCAAAUCCAGACGACGAAAGCGAGGAUACAAAUCUGGAUAAAACAAUAGCAAAGUUGCAUAUACCUGACUUCCUACCGAAGCAUUUGUGGAAGGAUGGCAUCGAAAUCGUGGAGAAAUAUUUUGAAUGACCCUCUAACAUAAUAACUUGAUUUGAAACUAUUUUUAUUAUUUAUCUAAAAAUAAGCACAACUUCUUAAUUAUAAAAAGCAAACACUCAUUAAUAAUUCAUAAGCUUAUUGGCAAAUCAUAUCAACCAUAAUAUGUCACGUGCAGUGGCUUUAAAAGUGGCACUAUCAUUAAAAUUUAUAUAUUUUUUUCAUAAUCCAGAAAUAUAACGUAUGCUUGAUAUUCUUACCAAAUUUCAAGGCAAAAUUCGUUCAUCUUCCUGACUUUUUUGCGAUUCUUAUUUGCCAAUUUUACGGCCGCCAUUAAACGCGCCCAAUUAAGCGAGAAGGCGUUUUGAAGAGGAUGUGACGUCAUUCACUCAACACGCCGAAUGUUUUUAUUGUAUUUCACUAGUAUUUCAACAAUGUCUUCGUACAAAUUCAUACAAAGGAGAGUCAGAAACUUCAGAAAGUGAACAUUCGCAUGGGAGCAAAGCGAGCUGUGAUGAAGAAACGUACGGUGACUCACAUUCAAGUGAAAAUAGUGAUGAAAAGAAGAAAUCAAACCUAGAAUUGUUAAUAUUUGGCGACAAUAAUUAUGUAAGUUAUAGCUAUAAACAUAUGAUUUCAACGCAUGUGUGCCUAUUGGUCUAUUUCUGUAUUUUUAACGACUGUAAAUUAAACUGACAUUAUUGUAUAUGAUUAUUGUAUAUAACAAUAAGUUGAUUUCAGAUUUUACAACUUGCAUUUGAAUAAUGUCUCGGGACCGAAUCACAGAAUUAAUAUGCUAAAUUAAUGCUUCAAAUCAGUUCAAUAUUUGUUUUCCAUACUUUUAUAGAACUUUCAACCACUCAUUAAUAAUUCAUAAGCUUAUUGGCAAAUCAUGUCAACCAUAAUAUGUCACGUGCAGUGACUUUAAACCUGAUAAAACAUUCCUAAUUAGUAUUCUUUAUAUAAAGAAUACUAAUCAGGCACUGUCUAUUGUUGUCGUGCCCUCAUUAGUAUUUUUUUAUAUAAAGAGAAUACUAAUAAGGCCGGCGGUGUAUCUAUUCAAUUUGUAGUCGUAUUUGAAGCCGUUUAAUAAACUCGCAGGUCGUGUUUUAUUAGGUCUAAAGCCACUCGCGCUGCGCGCUCGUGUCUUUAAACCUAAUAAAACACUCCUGCUCGUUUAUUAAACAGUACUUAAUAUACUCAAUGCCAAUGGCAAUGAGCGCAACUUGAAAAUUACACAUCGACUUUUCAAAUGCAAGUUGCAAAAUUUAUACUGUAUAUAGUUUGCUAUGUCAGUUUAAUAUACAGAAAUAGACCGAUAGACAGUUAUUAGACACACAUGCAUUGAAAUAUUAUUUAUAGCUAUAAAUUACAAGGCAUUUGUUUGUACUUUCAGGGCCCGCGGAGCGUAUUAGAGAGUGGGGGGGGGGGGCUAAAUCAUCAAUAAAACCCCCAAUUAAUUAAUUUAGAAAGUUUCAUUUAGAUUUCUAUUUUAAUAACUUUGGCUGUCAAAAAAAGUGGGGGGGCUAAAGCCCCCCCAGCCCCCCCGUCUCCGCGGUCCCUGAUUUUUGUUCGUAUUUUGAUUGACCGAAAGGUUUAUUAUCAUACGCAGUACGCUAGUUUCCUUCCAUCGCUGCUUAUGUUUUGUGUACGUGAGAAACUAUCAAGUUGCUGUGAUGUAUAUUAAAGAAGCAUAAAGUGAUGCAAAAGGCAAACUUUGAACGAGUGAUGAAAAUUAUCCUUUUCAACUUCAAAAGUAAGUUUGUAAAAACAAGGAUUAUUAUUGACCGAAAGCCUGCCAAAGGUCAUGUUUUCAACAACAAACAAGAUAGCCAUUUUUGUCGCCAAAUAUUAACAAUUCUAGGUUUGAUUUCUUCUUUUCAUCACUAUUUUCACUUGAAUGUGAGUCACCGUACGUUUCUUCAUCACAGCUCGCUUUGCUCCCAUGCGAAUGUUCACUUUCUGAAGUUUCUGACUCUCCUUUGUAUGAAUUUGUACGAAGACAUUGUUGAAAUAGUAGUGAAAUACAAUAAAAACAUUCGGCGUGUUGAGUGAAUGACGUAACAUUCCCCUACCUCCUCCGCAGGCCUUUCAAAAAAAUAAAAUUGGUGGGAAACGAACGGAAAGGCCUGCGGACUAAGUUUCCAAAAUGGCGGGAGCCACUCAACGAUGGCUCUGGGUACGAGAUUGGGCGGGAGCCAUGCACAAACCAAAUUAUAUUUAAUAUAUCAUUUUACCAGAAGUGAGAACAAUAUUAUUAUUGAAGUCUUUAACUAUUUCUGAUAUAGACCGCUUUUCGUAUCCGCAAUAUUCAUAAAAACAGUGAACACUGAACAAACAAGCAUACAAUGAUUUAUACGGAGAAGCAGGUAAUUGAUAAAUAUCAGUUUAUAAUUUGCAUAUUACAAACACGCAGCAUGCACUUUUAUGUAUAAACACGUCAUAUGUCAGGCAUGCGGCCGUUUAUCCACGAAAUUUAUUCCAUUUAUAUUUGUCUUUUAUACAGUGUAACUAUUCAAAUGCGUGUGUAUAUAGUCAAAACAUCCCAUUUGGCCAAAUGAUAGAUUCACAACGUCUAUUAUCACUGUCGCUUGUGCUUGUAAAACCCUCCAUUAUUUGAAUCUCCUCAUCGCUUUUAUCAGUCAUAACUGCCAAGAUGUAUUUAGAAAAUACUCGCAAAACGGGAUUGCUAAAGAUUGGCAGACGAUGUGCCAUAUUUUUGAAGAAAUUUGAUCCAACCGAGUAAUCGACACUACUGGGUGUCCCAAAAAAAACUUGCGGUGUUUGAUUUUAUGUAAGGUAAAAACUAUAAAAGCAAUUACACUCAAAUAAGUUUUAUUGUAUUGAGGAAAGGCUAACUUAGAUUUUGAUAUACAGCCCUAAACAUUUCAUGUAAUAUUACGUGAGAUACAAACGUUUGAAUGUGGCGCACGCUUUAAAAAUGAGUAAAAAAAUCGAGAAACAUGGCAAUUUCAGCAUUUCAACUCAACUUUAAUUUCGGGUAAUGUCCUAGUAUAUAAGUAAACCUUUCGUGUUUCUUGGGAAGCGAAGUAAGGAUAAAAAAUUUUAAAACGUUCCAAAGCAUAUUUGACGUCCUUUGAGAGUUUGUAUUAUACAGUAUAAGUUGGUCCUCGUUCGCCUUUCGAAUGCAUAUUCGAUUAACAAAAGAUCAAAGAGUUUGGCUUUUAUGUUUUCCCGUGCAAGAAAUUGUAUACGUGCAAGGGGACCGCAUACUUUCUAUGAUAAAUGAAUAAAUGUUUAUCCAACAAUUAUGUUUUUCAUUCGUUCUUUUGGCCACAAUAAAACUAUAUAAUCAAGUUUAACCAAAUAUUUGAUUGGCACUUUUAUGCAAAUUUUUAACAUUCUCAAACAUGCUUAUUCGAUUUAAAACAUCGAUAGCUCAGUAAAUAUUGCACGGAUAUUCAAAUGUUAUAUUUUGAUUUAUAAUAUAGCAUUUGUAAAUUCUGAACGCUGAUUGGCUAAGAGCCGUGUUGAUAUAAGUCAAUGUCAACACGGGAAAUUUUCCGCCGCUUGUAAACAGGGAAAUUUUUCUUAUCCUUCGGGCUUUUGACAUUGCUAUAUUAUAAAAAAAAUAUAAAACAUUUUUUCCGUAUUGAUAUAUAGUUAUAUCAACACUCGUGGAAGUUGGGAAAACUCGAAAUUGUAUGAAAACACUCCGCCCUUCGGGCGUCGUGUUUCCAUACAAUUUCUCGUUUUCCCAAUUCCACUCGUGUUGAUAUAACUGUAUAUCAACACGGAAAAUGUUUUAUAUUUGUUAAUAAAAUCUAAGUUAGCCCCUUCUGAAUGCAAUAAAACUUAUUUGAGUGCAAUAGCUUUUAUAGUUUUUUAUGUUACAUUAAAUCAAACAGCGCAAGUUUUGUGUCAGGUUGAGCUCGGUUUUCUGUGCUGCCGAAUACUACGAGACCAGUCAAAGCCUUUAUGGCAUAAUUAUGGCUUAUGUGCCCGGUUGUUGGCACAUAGCCGCUUUAUUGUUUUAAUCCAUUUUUAAUAAUUAACAAGAAAAAUUAUUAAUUAAUAACUAUAUAAAUUUAGCACAGAAAAGGUGGGGGCAUUACUAAUGCCCACUACACAUAACGUAUCUAUAUAAGUUCCACAUAUCGCGUCCAUAGAUAUCUCAUAUACACUAGAUAGCGCAUCUCGGAAUACAAAACUGAAGCCAAAAAUCUCAGCGGUUUCCCCCAUGAAAAUAGGCGGCGGCCAUAUUGGUCGUUCCCACCAGGGCGCUGUAAAACACGGGCGGUGAAACGGCUAUGGCGCCCCUGAUCUAUGUGUGAUGCAGGUCCCCCCGCAUAUUUUCAUUUUUAUUCGAAUUCGAUGUGGUUUGAUCAGGCAUGCAGGUUUGUUUUGACUUCUUUUUAAAAUUACUACGUAAAAAGGUACAAAUCAAGCUGAAUUCACAAUGGAUUUGGGAUCUGUGCUAUUACUAUAGACAAAAUCUUUUUUCCGGAUUCUUAAUCACAGCUGAUUAUAUGGGGAAUGUUGUAGUGUAUUAAGAUAUAUUAAAGUCUGGGAUCUCACUCACGAGGAUCGAUUGUUUUUGCAAAACAACUUCGUUCGUUUAUAAGAUGAAAAAAAAGACGAAGAAAAAGUUUUUUAAACGGCUGUUGUUGUAAAACCUGCAACUGGAAUGUGUGUUUGGAAAUCAGGUAUGUUCAAUCACAUGUAUUUUUGUCAAGUUCCACCAGAUGAAGCGCCAUAAAUUGAUAAAAACAGCAAGUUCUUUUUUUCAAGCGAUAGUUUGUUGUCGCAGUUUUACAAGCGCGGAAAAUUUUUAACUUUUAAAUAUUUCAUGCACAACAUAUGAAAACUAGUUUUAUUUUGAUGUUUUUAUAUAAUUUAAGUACGUAAUUUUCUGAAAAUCACCAAACGAAAAUGGGCUUUUUUAAUUUUUAAACAUUUUUUUGGCCUUGUUUUUGACAUGUGCAUGCCAAAUCUACACAUGAAAUACAAGCAAGCGAUAGUUUGUUGUCGCAGUUUUACAAGCGCGGAAAAUUUUUAACUUUUAAAUAUUUCAUGCACAAUAUAUGAAACCUAUUUUUAUUUUGAUGUUUUUGUAUAAUUAAGUACGUAAUUUUCUGAAAAUCACCAAAUGAAAAUGGGCUUUUUUAAUUUUUAAACAUUUUUCUGGCCUUGUUUUUGACAUGUGCAUGCCAAAUCUACACAUGAAAUACAAGCAAGCGAUAGUUUGUUGUCGCAGUUUUACAAGCGCGGAAAAUUUUUAACUUUUAAAUAUUUCAUGCACAAUAUAUGAAACCUAUUUUUAUUUUGAUGUUUUUGUAUAAUUUAAGUAUGUAAUUUUCUGAAAAUCACCAAAUGAAAAUGGGCUUUUUUAAUUUUUAAACAUUUUUGCCCUGAUUCAGUUUGACAUGUCCAUGCCGAAAUCUACACAUGGAAUAGCAUUGCCUUCGACUUUGCGUUUUUGAAAUCUGACACCCUAUGAAAAAAGCUGGGAAAAAGUAUGUUUAAACAAAAAAGCCCAUUCUCAUUUGAUGAUUUUCAGAAAAUUAGGUACUUAAAUUAUCCAAAAACAUCAAAAUAAAAAUAGGUUUCAUAUAUUAUGCAUGAAAUAUUUGAAAGUUAAAAAUUUUCCGCGCUUGUAAAACUGCGACAACAAACUACAUCGCUUGCUUGCAUUCGUUAUGGCAUUGUGUAGAUUUGGCAUGCACAUGUCAAAAAUAAGGGCAAAAAAAUGUUUAAAAAUUAAAAAAGUCCAUUAUCAUUUGAUGAUUUUCAGAAAAUUACGUACUUAAAUUAUCCAAAAACAUCAAAAUAAAGCUAGUUUUCAUAUAUUGUGCAUGAAAUAUUUAAAAGUUAAAAAGUUUCCGCGCUUGUAAAACUGCGACAACAAACUACAUCGCUUGCUUGCAUUCGAUAUGGCAUUGUCAGGGCGCUAUAAAACACGGGCGGUGAAACGGAGAUAGCGCCCCUGAUCUUUGUGUGAUGCGCGUACCCCCCGUAUACAUUAAACAUUAAUUUAUAAUGUCAAUAAAAAUGGAAUUGGAAUGUGUAUGCAAAAAAGAGCUGAAAAAACUGAAGUAAAAAAUGUUUUCUGCAUUCCUAAACAUCUUGAUGGUUUGAGGACAUUGUUGGAUUCAUUUUCUGUAUAUCUGAUGAAGGAAAAGGGGCUUUAAAGAUUCAUCAUGAGCGAAAUAAAAAUUUGAAACGGAAUCGAGCUGAUCGAAUGUGGGCAUAUUCCAAAUACGAAAAUUUUGGUUUGAAAUGGGAUAUUUUACUUCAUAAUGCGAAGGUAGGAUAAACAUUUUCACAGUAAGAAUAUUCUCGGACAUUGCUUGGCUACUAUUUUUCAAUAAUCAUAUAGCCCAAAAUUGACCAUGCAUGUAUUUAUUAAAAACAGCUAGAAUUUGAAAAAAAACCCAACUACAAUUUGCUCGACAAUUUGAAAACUUAAAUAUAUAACCGUUUUUGUGUUUUAAAAUCAGCUGGCCUGCUUGGAAUCCAUUGAAAGUUUAUUGCAAAGUGUUUUUUACUAAUUGAUUUGAUUUCUAUUAUUGGUAUAACUGCCGCCGACACUCCAAAAAUAUUCAGCGUGAAUCUUUUUUCGUGCGACUGCAGUCGUUGACACUGCAGUGACAGUGUUACGGAAAACUAUAAAGGCUUCAAAAUAUCUCCAUUUUAUGAAAAAAGCACAAAAAAGCACCGUUCAAUUUUACGUGAGACAUAAAGCCAAGUUAAAUGUCUAUAGUUUGGUGUGUUCAAAUUCAUCUCAACCUAUCUCAACAAGGAGAAAACACUAUUUUAAAUACGUCCGCGCUUUGACAAAAAAGAAAAAAUGUCGUCAAAAUCGAGUUCAAAAUGCAUGUCUCUUCCUCAACAAUGGCUUUGUUCAUUUUGCAUGUGAAAUAGAUACCAAUUUUAACUAUAUAAGCUGAUACUAGAUCCUUCACUAAACGUUUAUAGUAUGUAUUUGAGGCAGGAAGUGAUUUCGUUCAAAUGAUAAUUGAAAAUUUGUGUUGUUUAAAUAUCGUCUUAUCUGCAUAAAUAAUAGUAGUCGCGAAUCUAUAUUGUCGUGUGGAGUAUACGGAAAACUAUAAAGGCUGCAAGAUAUCUCCAUUUUAUGAAAAAAGCACAAAAAAGCACCGUUCAAUUUUACUUGAGACAUAAAGCCAAGUUAAAUGUCUAUAGUUUGGUGUGUUCAAAUUUUUCUCAACCUAUCUCAACAAAGAGAAAACACUAUUUUAAACACGUCCGCGCUUUGACAAAAAAGAAAAAAUGUCGUCAAAAUCGAGUUCAAAAUGCAUGUCUUUUCCUCAACAAUCGCUUUGUUCAUUUUGCAAGUGAAUUAAUAGAUACCAAUUUUAGCAAUAUAAGCUGAUACUAGAUACUUCAAUAAACAUUUAUAGUAUGUAUUUGAGGCAGGAAGUGAUUUCGCGUUUAAUUAAUAAUUGAAAAUUUGUGUUGUUUAAAUAUCGUCUUAUCUGCAUAAAUAAGUAUAUAAGUAGUCGCGGAAUUGUCGUGUGGAGUACACGAAAAACUAUAAAGGCUGCAAGAUAUCUCCGUUUUAUGAAAAAAGCACAAAAAAGCACCGUUCAAUUUUACUUGAGACAUAAAGCCAAGUUAAAUGUCUAUAGUUUGAUGUGUUCAAAUUUAUCUCAACCUAUCUCAACGAGGAGAAAACAGUAUUUUAAACACGUCCGCGCUUUAAAUUUUGCAAAUAUUUUAAUCGCUCGAGUAAAAUUUUUGCCCUGAUAUUUUCUUUCAACGAGUGUUCAGUAACAAACAACACAAGCUAUUACAUGUAAUAUAACUUAUUAAAUAAUAUUUCAAAUUUUAAUUAAUGAAACAUAAUUAUUUAGCAUUUAAAUCCUUUGUUUUCUCGUUUGCUUGUUUACAUUUUUUUGUUGCCAUCUUGUACGCGAUUUUCUGAUUUUUUUAGAGAAAGCGCGCUCGCACCAAUCCUAAUGUGCAUCACACGUAGCACGGUCAUUUAUUAGCGCGUUUCCCCGCCCGUGUUUUAUAGCGCCCUGGCAUUGUGUAGACUUGGCAUGCACAUGUCAAAAAUAAGCCAAAAAAAUGUUUAAAAAUUAAAAAAGCCCAUUAUCAUUUGGUGAUUUUUAGAAAAUUAGGUACUUAAAUUAUCCAAAAACAUCAAAAUAAAGCUAGUUUUCAUAUACUGUGCAUGAAAUAUUUAAAGGUCAAAAAUUUUCCGCGCUUGUAAAACUGCGACAUCGCUGUGAACAUGCAAUUUGGAGUCUUUUGGCGGACAUUUCAGUUGCAUAUUGUAAGUUCGAAAAGAGAAAUAAAACAACCUUUAACAUGGUAAAAACGGAAUUUUCUGCUUGUUACUUAUAAUUGAAUAUUUUCCCUAACUUUCAUAUUGCAUUUGAAUGCCUGAAUAUGUUAAUGAAAAUGUUUCCAAUGCUUUCUAAAUUGACAAUUGUUUUCUAACUUUAUCAAAACAAGGUCACAAGUUGUGUCAUUGUAAAUUACGCAAGUGACCUGGUCAUAAAUCUUUAAAUUGAAAAAAAAGCCCACAAAAGCCCAUUUUCUAACCUUUUCAGAUCGAAAGUAUAACUAAUUAUAGAUAAUUUAAAGGGUUGAAGUUAACUUUUUUUCCACUCGGUCUGGCUAAAAAACUCGACUACAAUUUGUCAUUGCCUGAAAAAUGUAAAUAUAUUUUAUGAUAAAAUCGCUAUGCCUUCAAAUAAUUUCACAUUUUAAAAAUGCUUUUCCAACUCCAGCGAUGUAAUUUGCAAUACUAAUUAAUUGCCAGAGUCUCUAUUUUAUAACAAGUUAAUAAUUUUUUUCCAUUUUAAGGAUAAAUUGACCUUAAAAAUUUGCACUUUUUGAUUGCCCUUUAAAUAUUUUUGUCUCUUGUUUUUGCUUCGCUUCAUCUUUAAAAAUCCCACUUCAUCCGCGCAUUUCGCACGCUCGCGCCAGUCUCCCGUGCAUCACACAUGGAUCAGGCAAAUAUUAGCGCGUUUCACCGCCCGUGUUUUACUACGCCCUGUUCCCACUCAUCAAUCAGGGUUCUGAAGGGGUAAAAUGGGAACUGGAAUUGAUCUAUUUUUAGACUGGGAAAAUGGGAUUUGGGUGCUGGGACUGGGAUUUGGCCACUGGGAAUGGGAAAUGAAACCCUCAAAAAUGGGAAUGGGAUUGAGGUAAUGCGAGUCGAUUCCCAAUUUUUCUGCGUUUUGAGUAUUUUAAAAUACAAUACAAUGUUUUUAAAAUCCGUUUUUGGUGUCUUUGGUCAUGAUUUUUGUUGCUAACUAAAUUCACAGCACUACCUGUGAACAGGCAUACUCUGGCGCACGGAAUUCUGGGUUUUCUGAUUAUGCGUGUCUCAGAAUGCUGCAAAUGCCAUUUCCGGGAUUCAAUUUUAAAAAUUUUCCGUGCCUUUGGCACGAGGCCCCCCCUCAUAUUUCAUAACGUGUCCGCCACUUGCUUAAAAUGUCUUAAAACUGUUUAUUCUACCGAUAAAUAACGGGUUUUUUAUUGACUGGGAUUUCAAUAACUGGGACUGGGAUUUCUAAUAAAAAUCCAACUGAGACUGGGAUUUUGCCAAAAUUUCAGGUGGGAAAUGGGAUUGGGACCCCCCCUUCAGGACCCUCAUCAAUGAAAUGCUAUAGAAAAUACUAUACUUUUCGAGGCGUUUUUGCAUUUCUGGAUUAAAAAUACCUUUUUGAGGUACGUUCGCCUUGAAAUCGCAGCUUUUUUGGAAAAGGGUACAAGAAAAAAACAUUAAUUGGCGAUGUUGUUGUUUUUAAAUCGCAUUUUAAAGCUAAAAAUUUCGAAUUACGACAUUUUUUAUAUAUUUGUUUUGAAUCUGUUAUAUGAUUCUCUGGUGAAGUAUCGUCUAAUCAAUACAUGUACUUACGGUUUCUGGCACCACUUUAUGGAAAUGGAAGUUGGUAAGUAACGUUUCAACUAUCGGCGUAGGCAGUUUAUACUGUAAACAACAGUACACUUACACUAAAAGUACACUUUCAGUUUGGGCAGUUUUCACUAUAAAUCUUAAUUGAAAUGUUUGAGACUGUCUGUGUCUGCACUUUCAGCUUGGAUAGUUUUCACUCUAAAUCUUUAGUGAAAUGUUUGAGACAGAGUGGUCAGAACAUAUAAACAUCUGCUUUUUGGGUGGCCACUUUUCUUGAUGAACAUUUUGUAUCAACUGUUUUCAUAGUAAUUCAUCCUUAGGGAUGUUUAUCAUGUUAAUGCAAGUCUAAUUUCAAUCAAUAUAAUAGUAUACCGUAAAAAACUAAAAAUAAAUUGCUUACUGAUGAAAUGUCCUGGGAAGUUUUCUUUUGAUUUUUUAUUCUGUCAAUUGACCCUUCACUAUUACUUCUUAUACUUUUUGCAUCAGGAAUGACUUUACCCAUUGCUAUGAAAUUUUCUGAGUUUAAUUCAAAUUUUUAAUUUCAAUUGGCACCAAAACUUCUUCAGGUCUCCAAAUUUUUUUUUAAAAUUGGACAUUUUUUUAAUGAUAUUUACAGUAACCACUAAACUCAAAAGGCAAAAAUUGAGAGUUUAUCAUCUUUUCAUUUCCUGAGAGUACUGGCAAAUUUAUUUUAUUUUUUUAGAAAAGUUUAAUUAUUGUGCAUCUGAUGAGUCAAAGAAUUAGAAAACACUAUUACACGAAGUCAAAAGUAAUACUUUAUUAUAACAAUAGAAUUAUUUAUACAAUAGUGAGUGCAACUAUGUUUAAGAUUAUAAAAUCUACUGUGCAUCAAGCAGUUUAUCCCAUUGACCUUACAAUAUACAAUAAUGCAAGAAGUAAUGUGUCUCAUUACAAAAUAGGGUUUCCCAAAGCAGUUCUAAAAUUCAACUGAUUAUCAAUGACCUAUGCUGUUAAUAAUUACAGUAAGUUGGCAGUUUGAUUGCUUGAAUUAAAAACAAAAGGUCUAGGACUCAACAGAAAGAAAUAUGUCUUAACAUAAAAUAUUAAAGAUAGUUUGAAGCAUUCAUACAAUUGAAGGUUUUAGAAAGUUUGAUUAUCAACUACAUUUACAUAAAGCAAUAGCAAUUAUGUUAUUUUGCCUGCGAAUAUAUAAAAUAUAUAUAUCUUCUCUAGCUUCUAAUACAUUUUAAUCCUGAUGUGAUUCCAUGGAACUAUAAAAUAAUAUAUGAUAUGUUGUAUGUAUGUAAUAAAUAUACAAAUAGUAAGGAGUAAGAACCAUUUUUGGUGUCAAUGUUUUAUAUAUUGACUAUUUAAGAUUUUAAGUCUAUUUUUGCCAUUGAUAAACUGCGACUAAAAUAUGUUUUUCAGUGUCGCUGCCUUUUACAAAAGAAUAUGCAAAUACAUUCACAAUUUUGCCAUGAAGCAAUGGCGAUAGCUCAAAAUGUUUUAUUUGGAAUUGGUGGAACUAUAUUCAGGGCCCGCGGAGCGUAUUAGAGAGUGGGGGGGCUAAAUCAUCAAUAAAACCCCCAAUGAAUUAAUUUAGAAAGUUUCAUUUAGAUUUCUAUUUUAAUAAUUUUGGCUGUCAAAAAAAAGUGAGGGGGCUAAAGACCCCCCAGCCCCCCCGUCUCCGCGGUCCCUGAUAUUUAUAUAUACAUCAACAAUGAUGGUUUGUCCAUAGGGUUUGUCCUAUGGGCGCCCUUCAUACGGGUCGACAAAUAUUGAUAUUUUCGAAAAAAAUAAUUAAAUUCUGCCUACCAUUAUUCACAAUAUGAAGCUCCAACGAUCUGGCAUCAUUUACAACAAGUUGCACACUUGAAAAACCAAAAUUGACUGCAUAAAAGAGGAUUUAUUGUCAACUUUGUCCAUUUCCGCAAUACAAAAUAUACAAAUUAUCACGCUCCGUGGGAACGACCAAUAUGGCCGCCGCACGUAAACUGCGACUGCGAUCAGGCUUCAAUUUUCGCCUGCCUACAGGGUGGGAUGCGCUAUCUAGUGUAUAUGAGAUAUCUAUGAUCGCGUCCAACAACGGGGAGGAGGGUGGGUAAUUCUCUUCCAUCCAAUUUCUUGAUGUGAAGCUGCAGCCCAUAUAGAAUAGGAAAGGACAGAUAGCCCGCUUCACCACUGAUAAAUACCGAAAUUUCCAAUCACGUGACUAUACCUAAAUUAACUUGCGCGCGCAAAUUACUUAUUUCGCAUAAUUAAUUUCAACUAUAAAUUAUUCCAGGAAGCAAUAAAAACUCUUAUCGUUGUGGCAAUAAAUAAGUUCCUUUAUGGGAACUAACACUUUCGAACACGCUGAGUUCAAAUCCGAAAACCUCCCGCACCAUAGACCCGCUGUUUUCUCACAAACUGCUAUUUUAUCUUCGCCUAAUUUCACAACAAAUUUUUUCAUUGUUCAACGACACGGAUCGAUGACGACACACGAUUAUAUCACUCAAAACGACCAAUUUCUAUUAACCAGUCUUCCGUUUAACCAAAGACCGUUUUGCUUGAAUCAUUUUGAGUUAUGUAAUCUUAUGGGUGUUGGAUGUAAACAACAUAUCUUGUUUGACUAUUAUACAGAAAUUUUUGUAUAAAGAGAAAUUGGUGGGGUAUUCUGCUUUUAACCCCCGAUAUUUUAAAGUUUGUUUGUCUUGUAUUGUGUAAAGGGUCGCUGUAAUUGGCGAAAGCUGUAGCGUAUACCCAGCAUGUCAAUGUAUGUAUCGUUUAUGUUAAUGUAUGUAUAGCAAGUGAUUUUAAGUUGAUUUGGCAAAGCCUAAUAAAUAAAUAAAUAAACUUUGAGAAGGUACAGAUAACGCCUUCUAAAAUCCUCAUUUCUAGCAAUAUCUCUGUAAAAUCACAAGGAAGUUAAUGCUAAGUCUUUUGGCUAUGUCACUGGCCUGAAAAAUAGCCUAACUAUAUUUAACGCGAUCAAGGUUUUUAAAACAAAAGUAAUGCGAAGCCAAUGUAACGGCAAAGACAACGCUAAAAUGAAAUGUUGUCGAUUGGUUGCUGGUAGAAGACUUGCGACAAGAUCAAUCUUAUAAAUAACCUUAAACUAGAAGAAUAAAUGUUCACAUCAAAGACAAAGAUCAGUGCCAAAGUAUAAAGUCUGCUCUGUAAACCUACGACGAAGUGAAGAAAUGUGUGCAUAAGCUGUUUAUUUGGUUAUUUUAACGUAUAUGGCAGCCCUCUUUCCAAUAAUAUUCGCUUAUCGCACAGAAUAACACCAAACAACUGAUUUAAUAGUUCAAUACAAUGAUAAGUUACCUCCUGAAUUACAUCUCAUAAACUGUGUUGGAAAUGUAAAUGCUAACCCAUUCCAUAAGAUUACCGUUUUACAUCGUUGUAUAAAACAUUUUGAUCGCAUGUAAGGAAUUAUUUUUCAUCCCAGAGACAUAGCCCAACGACUUAACAUUGACGUCCUUGUGAUAUAGAGAUACAGCCAGAACUGAGGAUUUACAAAGCGAUAUCGUUACCUUCCCAAAGUUGUAGACAAGAUAUGUUGUUUAUGUCCAACGCGCUUAAUUUAAAAUUACAUAACUCAAAACGAUCCAAGCAAAACGGUCUUUUGUUCAAUGUAGAGACUGGUUCAUAACAUAGAUAUUUAUAUCAGUAAACUAGAUAGCGCAUCUCUUUUAGUAAAAUUGAAGCCAAGAAUAUUCCAGCGUUACCCCCAUUUGAAUAGAUGGCGGCCAUGGGGAGUUUCCCACUCGCUAAUAAACGCUUAAAAAACAACAAUAACUUUCAUCAUUUGAAUAGUUUGAAAAGGUUUUUGGAAUAGGUUUAACUUAAUGUUUAAGUUCCCUGUUUAAGAAAUAGAAAACAUACGAGUCUUCUCAUUUCAUGGGAAUAUCCUGAGUCUGCAAUCACGGCUUCAAUUUUUGAAUUGCAGAAUAAUUAGAUGCACUAUCUAGUGUAUACAAGAUAUCUAUGGUUCACAAUUAGUCAUUUUUGAGUUAUGCAAUUGUGUGUCUUCAUCCAUCCAUGUCGUUGAACAAUGAAAAAAUUUGUCGUGAAAUUAGUGAAGAUAAAAUCUCAGUUUGUAAGAAAACUGCGGGUCUACGGUGCGGGAGGUUUUCGGAUUUGAACUCAGCGUGUUCGAAAGUGUUAGUCCCCAUAAAAAUAUUUCAGUGCCCAUAGAAAUAUUUCAGUUUCAAGACAUGCUUAAUGAAAAUCGUUUUCUAGGCACUUUUCGAAGUCACAGCAAACUGCCUAUAAUUUUAAUUAAACUCGUUUACACUCGUCAUUAUUCUAAUUUAGCUAUUUUUUCUCAUUCUAUGCAUAACUUGGGCUAUAAGAAUGACAAAACAUCAGUGGGACUAAGACAUUGUCUUUUAUUACUCUUUGGAGAAAAUUAUCAAUCAUGCAAGAAUAAUAAUAAUUAUAAGUAAUAGCAUGGCUUGAGGGAGAUUAGUGAUUAAAUGGCCCCGUAACCCGAGGCAGGUUUGCGGAAUUCCCGAGGGCGAAGCCCGAGGGAAUUCCGCAAACCUGCCGAGGGUAAGGGGUCAUUUAAUCACUAAUCUCGCGAAAAGCCAUGCUAUUAGUUUGUAAUAGCAUAGUUUCGCUCCCAUUUAAAAAUGGACAAACAUGCCCUAGUUGGAAUCAGCGUAUUUAAGCUAAAACAUUUGCUUUAUUGCUUGUGGGAUGUAAAAGCUUGUUGCACAUGCGCACUUUUUACGCUUUAAUCGGUUACGCAUGCGCAAUCUAUCAUUUAACGUACCACAACAAACACGCUAAAUAUAUUAGUACAAAUUUGGAGACUGCACGUGCGUAAUUUAAAUGAUGCGGCAACUCAGGGAUCGGAUGAUAGACUGUUGACGGCUCUGAGCUAACUGUUGCUGUUCCUUGCACGAUUAUGUGCGUGAGGCACUUGCCUAAUGCGUAGUCGUCAGGGAGACAAAGGUGUGACCCUUGGUAACGGGCGAUUAGUUCUAAUCGCCCGCUACAGCGGGCGAUUAGAACUAAUCGCCCGCUACAGCGGGCGAUUAGUUAGUAAUCGACCCUGUUGAAACAAAAGAAACCCGGGCAACUAUGCUAUUAUAAUAAUAAUAAUGUGAACUUUACUAGUUAUUAGCAUGAAGUGGCGACAAUACAGCGGGUCAACCCGAUGUACUGAAAUUUAGAUAUAGAUGGAAAGUAAACAAACAUGAGUUUUAUCUCAAAGGAUUCAAGAGAAAUUUCUGGCAUGUCACGUGGAAAAUCCUAUGUCAAGUUCACACAACAUAGCGGCGAUGACUAACUUGGCAGACAGAGCUUGCUAUGACAACCACAUAAUCGUUCCAAAAAUUUGCUAAGAUAGAUUUACUAACUAUACCAAAUUUAAUUUAAUCUUGUGUAAUUCCGGCUUCUGAAAUAUUAAACGUUCAUCUUUGUGCUGCCAUCUUAUUAAGGACAAACAGUGACGUUACAACACAAAAUGCUCGAUGAGCUGUAAAUAAAUUGUUAAGACCACUAGAACUUCAUAAUUUUCAAGAUACUUUCAAGUGAUGUAUAAAAAUUGGGGAAAAUAUUUCGUGUCAUGUGCACUCUAAGAAAGUUUACUAUGCCUGGUCUUUUAAUAAAAAAAUUUCAAUUUAGAACGCUAUUUCUUGAAAAAUAAUUGUCUGACGGAUUGGGAUUAUACCAGCAUGCAAGUAUCCUCCUUCCAGGCAUCAUAUAGUGUCUAAUAUACAAAUUGCCAACAAUAAAUAAUGCAGCAGUGACGCUUCAGUAUUUUAUACUAACACAAAAGAAAAAGCAUUGAAUGCACAGUUGUAUUUGAAUAUACACGAGACACUAUGAAACUGAGAUAAAAUCCAAUUUUUAAGUAUACCCUAUAUUAUUCCCAAGGACCAUGAUCUUCUUUGCGUUCACGUUCAUAUUUGAAUAUAGAAUAGAUUGCGGAUUUGCAAGCCUUUCAAACAGUCGCGAGCUAGCCAUUAAAUUAUUCAAACUUUAUUCGUUAAACUUUAUUGAAAUUAAUUUAAGAUUUUAAUUAAAAACAUAAAAAAUUAAUAGCGACAAACUGUUAAAUAAAUUACGCCGGAACGUUGGUAAAAUUCGCUGGAGCGGUACAACAAAACUACACUGUUAAAACUUAUGUGUACAAUUUAAAAGGAAACUGAACAUUGUAUUUAUAAUUUUUUUUAAACUAGAAAGCAUAAUCAAGCAAAUACGAGUUGUCCGAUAAAUAUGUUAACUGCGUGCACUAUUCUUAAUUGCUCCCACUCAUUGCUUCGAUUUGGCUAAAUUGCAGAAUAUUCGUCCACUAUAAUCAUAUUUCAAUUGUAUUAAGAUGUUAUUCAAGAUAUUCAAGAUAUUAACAAUUUAUCGUAGUCUAGGCCAAUCAGAAGACACUUACAUUAGCGAUAAGGGAAUAUAUGUGUUAUACUCUAAAUUCUUUAGUCAUUUGCGACUGCUUCAACACAAGUGGCUAACCAAUCAAGACUUCGGAAAGUUAUCAAACUUAGGUAGGUUUGUAGGUUUGAAUAUUUAUGUCUUUUCUGUACCAGUAUAUAUAAAAUAUAUGAAAUGAAUAUAGAUAUGCGCACAUAUUGUUUAACAUAUUAUUUUUGUAAUUUUAGUCAACUCUGUCGUUUCAACCUUAACAUUAAAAUGUAACUUGAAAUUUUCUACAAAAAUUUGGAGCGGUUAAAUUAAGCAUACAUGAUAACAAUUUCUACACAUAUUACAUUUCACAUAUAAAAAAGGAACGUUAAUUUUUUUAUUUGCCGGGAAAGGUGGCUAGUGGAAUUAGAGGGUACGCCAUGCCAGUAUGAAACGAGAAAAAUACAUAUUAUUUUUUUUAAGAAAGCCACCUCCCAUAUAGUAUUACUCUAAUGUAGUAUAUACAUUUGUUUAUGAAAUAAUUUUCACAAAAUUCUGCAAGCUAUGCUGGUAGUUCGGCCCUCCUCCCUUCCAUCCUUGCUUUGCUACUAUGAUCAUGUAAAUUCUUCUUCUCUGAUUUUACAGAUUUUUGGGUGCAUGUACGAUAUUAACUAACUUGCUUGCUUCUUUAUCACUAUUGAGUGAGGGUUGUUGCAGGGAUAUUUGGUAUUAUCCAACCUAUAUAGUAACAUUCUUGCAGUAAUAAAUUUACGUGGUGUUUCCACAAACAAACCUAUUAUGUGUUUUAUCGCUACGCAAACGUACAAUAAACUUAUAACGUUCUUAUCCUUCAGCAACUGGACUUACUGGGACGACAACUCGCUUUAAAACGGCGCGCGAGGUAUAUUCUUGCACUUUUCACCGACACUGAGGUGAAUAAUUGUUUUAGCAUACACCACCACAAAACAAAAAUAACCAAAAACAACGAAAAUAUUUAACUUUAGUUGUAAACAAAACAGUAUUUUUACACGCUUUUAUCAUUUUUAUUCAUAUAUGAAAUAGCUUUAAAGAAUACCUCUACACACUGCAUGUUAAACAAAACUUUGUGGCUUUCUUCGUGUUUGGCGAAACUGCAUGCAACUUUAUUUAGUACAAUAAUUUGUUCGUCUGUAAAAAAACUGAUAGCGUCAUAACACAAAAUGCCCGAUAACUUGGGAACGAGAUGAGCCGUGAGUUAAUUGUGCAGGCCAUUCAUCAUCAUUUUCAAGGUUUUGAAGUAAUGCGCGAAAAAUAACAAAAAUGUGUUAUUUUGCACUUUAUUAAUAAAUGGCUACAUGAGUAGAAUAAUUUUAAUAUCGAAGGUCAACAUGUUGAUAUUAUGUAUCUGCGAAAAAACUUGAUUCACAUUUUGUAUUUCCUUGAAAGAAACUGAAUAAUGAAGAUGACAUGGGACAAUUGAAAUAUUUCAUCACUUAUUAUAAUAGCAGAUAAGAUUUAAAACAGGGCUGUACACAGCGGGGAGGGCAGCAGAGCAAGCGCUCCCCCCCCCACCCCCGCACCGAAAAAAUUUAACUAACUUUAUAAUGUGAUUAUGAUUGUAACAGAUAAUUAUGCAGUCAGGAAAUAAAAAUUUCAUGCAAGCAAUAUUCAAAGUGUCUAUACAGCCGGCUAUUUAGUAAACUGUCACCUGUCAAUUCAAUCCAUACUCAUCAAAUUUUUAAUUGUAAUCAUAUGAAGCAAAAGUUAUGUGUCACUUGUUGUUUACACUUGCCAAUGUUAACUGUUGAGUAAUAUACACAAAAUAUUUGGUGAACAUGUUAAAGACCACUGAAUAAUUGAGAAGGUUUUGAAGGUCAUGAGUGAAGUAUAUAAUCAAAUUCCAGUUCUGUGCACAGUUAAUGAUAUACCACACUGUUCGGUUUGACACAUAUAGCACAUUCACACAAAAACAAUUGUGUUGUGGGAGAUUAUCGGUUUGAGUAGAAGGUAUCACAAGUUUAGUUUUCUACAUUGUGUGCCAUUGAUCAAAUCCACCAUAUAAUAUAUGAUUAUUCAUUGUAGCUGUUAAGUUAUUUUCCAUACUAAUGAAUUUAGGUAAGAUUGUCUUGGAAGUUGGUUGUGCUGACAAAAUUAUCCAGCCAAUAUCCAGUACAUUUAUUCUUCAUUCUUGUAUUAAUCUCUAAAGAAAAAUAUUUAUGUUAGAAAGCAAAAUGACAAUGUAAUGAGGCUCGGGAGGGUGAGGAUUCUUUUAUUUGAAAAUGUUUGUAAAAAUUUUGUUUAAUUAACUCUAAUGUGUAAAACCAAAAUGUAUAAGUAUUUUAACUGAUAACAUCUUCAAUCUUUGCUCUAACACUACAUUUGAUGACAGCUUUAUAGUUGGAUCGACUGUUGUUACAGAGUCAAUAUACAGAAAUACAGGACCAGGAUUUAAUUCAAUAUCUCCUAAGAACUGUUCAAUAGGUUCCUUUGAUAUUGUUAAUUGGCAAUAUUGCCUGCUAUGUUUUCACUGUUUAAAAUAUUACAGAAGUGAGAAGUCACAGAAGGAUUGUUUUUAAUACUGUAUAAAUCUUUAUGUGAACUAUGUUGACAAUUAAUAAAUGGCUUAAAAUAUCCUCGAAAAUAUCCAAUAUUUUAUACAGUGUAAUAUAUUAAUACCAAAAUUCCAGAGUGCAUUCCAUGUAAACUCUACGCCCAAGAUACGGCAAUAUCAAUUCUUUAUUCUGUGGCAAUAUUAACUAUAGAUACUAGUAUAGUAAAUAUUUGCCGAACUGGCGAACUCAUGUAUUAUUAAAUAUGUGGGACAUAUAUUUGCACAAAUUUGGUAUUUAAAUAUAUAAUAUGUGGUAUUUGACUACUUACCAGAUGAGGAUAAGAUUCCAUGUUGAUAAAUAACUUCGGAAUAAAAAAAAAGACAGCCAAUUCGAGAUAAAUUGAUAAAAAUAUAAAGAUAUUUUUGAAAGAAUAACACGAUUUAUACACGAGGCCUGACGAGGCUAAAGUAUGCCCGUUCGCAGGUUAGAUGCGGGCACGAUGUAAACAAUUGAUGUAAACGAAUCGCUGAUUGGCUUAAAUUGGCUUAAAUUAUAUAAGCUCGUCGCUGAAUGGCUAGGGAUACGGUACGGUACGGUACGGUCACGGCACGUUUGCGAUAGCAUAUAUAUCUGCUUCGCAGAUACAAAAACCAUCAUUUUCCCAAAUGUUCCAUAUGAACACAGAUUAUCCUCACGAUAUACUAAACGUAAUAUUUUCCUUGAAAUGUUUCAGGUUGCCAAGCAAGGCAUUUCAAACAGUAUUUGCCCACUACCCAGAAUCCUUAGUAAGACUAGUACAGGUAACAGAUAUACAUUUUGUAUACGUAACAUAAAUUAACGUAUGAAUUUUAUAUCAGAGGCCUUAUCGACGUUUAGACCGCAAACGACAAAUUUCAAAUCGUAUUUGGAGAUUAAGUUCUGUUUCAAUUUGAAUGCACAAAUUGCCUUGACUUCGAACAGUUCUAAUAAUUGAGCUCAAAAUACAUUAAUUUGAAGGUUGUCAUUUGCAGUAAACGUCAAAAUCUUAAGAUUUUCCAGAGAUUCAGUAGUUCAAAUUGUUAUUAAAGGUCCCAGCUUUAAUUCCCUGUCGAAGCGCCGACAGUCGCACUUUAUCGAGAGGGCGUGCGCGAUAUUUUACCAAGAAAAAUUAAUUUUGUGCUUUAUCAAUCUACUAGGUGAUCAUGCUUCGCUUACAACAAGUCACCAUGAUGGCACUUCAUAAUUUUCUUGGUUUGACACAAGAACUAAUAAACUACGUAAGUAUCAAGGCUCUUUCUUGGCCUAUAGUAUUUUAAACAAAACACAAUCCGAGUAUUGUUUUUAAUUCAUUACUUUAUUAGCACGGUAUAUAGUAUAUCACCAUAUUUUGUCAAUUUAGGAUCCCGAAGAUGCUGCUAAACUAUCCUCUAUUCAUUCGUUUUCAAAUGCCAAUAAACCGUCCACAGUGGUCACUGGUACUGAUAAAGGUAGCAGUUCCUUGUUUUUUACCCCAUAGAUUCUCAUGCGCCAAAAUCUCAUGUGCCGAACUUUUAUCCAACCCGUGUUCUCUUUUGAUUGUACAGCGAGAGUUGAAUUUUUGUCAACAAGAUGUGUUCGCAACAUGCUUGUACAGUAGCAAGCUUGUCAACAAGUUGUAACAAUGCUGUUAUUUUAUCAAGUUGCUACAAAAUUGUCACUCACAACUUGUUGACAAAUUGUUGAAUUGCAGGACGAUAACAAGUUGUUGGAACAACUUGUAACAAGUCUGUUGAGCUCGACAACCUUGUAGUAAGUUGUCAACAAGCCGUUGACAACUUGUUUACAAUUAGCUGGGCACAAUUAAGCAGUGCGAACACAUCCUGUUGGCAAGUUGUUGGAACAGCAUUGCUACAAAUCUGCUGCAAGUUUGUUACAACUUGUGCUUUUUUACGUUUGUAUAGGAGGAGAACACUCCCAUAAUUCCAUCAAAGUCCCCCACCCUACGAGAAAUUAUUGCUUUUGUCUCAAAUAAAAUAACAUUUCUCGCAUUUAGAUAACCUGGGUGCCAGGAGUUUUGAGGCUGUUCAAGGGAACUACUGUUAUUCCUACACAGAAACCCUAGCUAGGAAACUCUCUAUACAGUAUAAAGCCUCUGGAACGGCCUUAUAACAUUUAACUAUUUGUCGCUCAGUCUCUCUAAAUCUUACUUAUCUUUUCGCAUAUAGAAAAUUUGCCAGACACUACCUCAAACACGCAAAAGAAGAAUAUCCCUGCGCAAGCUGGCAGGAAAGUACCUCGUAGUGUUAGCGUUGUGGCUAAAACUGGCAGUUCAUUGGCUAAGAGCGCUCCAGUACAGAUACCAGAUCCAAUGAGAAGAAGUUACUCCCUCACUUUCCUGCGAGAGAGAAUGAGUGAUGGGGAAAUCGCUGAUGGUAUGUGUUUAUGUUAUUAA